UCACGACGACCACCGCAUCUUCUUCCGCUGCCCCGCGCGACCUCUCCCUAUCCACCCAUGGCCGCCUCCCACUACGCCCUCCUCCACCUCCCCAACCCUCUCCAUUCCCGCCACCUCUUCUUCUCCUCUCCCACCCCCCGCUGCCGCCUCUUCCUCGCCCCCUCCUCCGCCGCCCGUCCCCGCCGCGCCAGCGCGGGCCCACUCGUGUUCGAGACGGAGGAGGAGAGGCCUGGCUCUGGGUGGUCCUCUGCCACCGCGGAUACCCCGCAGUCCGACUACGACGACGAGGAGGAGCAAGGGUGGGCGGGCGGAAAUUCCGCGGGGCGCGGGGAGAGCCACGAGGAGGAUGGCGGCGGGUGGAGGCCGCGGCGGUCGCGGCCGCGCGAGCUCUUCGUCUGCAACCUGCCCCGCCGCUGCGACGUCGACGACCUCUACGAGCUCUUCAGGCCCUACGGCACCGUCCUCUCCGUCGAGAUUUCCCGCGACCCUGAGACUGGACUUAGCCGAGGAUGUGGUUUUGUCACAAUGCGUUCUCUCCCAGAAGCUCGGACAGCCAUGAACGCUCUUGAUGGAUUUGACCUGGAUGGGCGUGAAUUGCUUGUAAAAUUAUCAUCUGAUGUUGUGUCUAAAAGGAGAAAUAUCAACAUGUCUCAUACACCACCUGUGAAGGAUCACAUCUUUGAGAGCCCACACAAGAUCUACAUUGGCAACAUUGCGUGGUCUGUUCAGCCACAAGAAUUGCGAGAGUAUUUCUCUCAGUGCGGAACCGUUGUCAGUACAAGGCUGCUGACAGAUCGCAAAGGAGGGAGAGGCCGAGUUUAUGGAUUCCUCUCAUUUGCUUCAGCUGAAGAAGUUGAAGCUGCAUUGAAGCUUGACAAUACGCAUUUUCAUGGACGAAAUAUCCUUGUUAGGGAAGCUCACGAAGAUCGCCAGGCACCCUGAGCCGUCGAGGAUUGCAUUUUUGUCUGGCUUGUUUGCUGAUUGAGUCCAUCCUUCAGGCACAAUGCUGCACACAAACUAACACGUUCUUAUGUAUGUAUUGAGUAUUUUAGGGACUUGAGCACAACGUGUACUUGCAAUUUUUCUAUCGAUCGCCAGAUAUUUGUUCUACAUGACUUGCUAGCCUGAGAAAAUGCUUAAGAGCGAUUCUUAGCUCCUUUUUGUUCUACCAAGCUUCUGCGUGCAGUCACUUCAGCUGUUGCAUUAUGAAAACUAAUUUGAACAGAAGAGGCAUUACAAAUUUCAGUCUGGAGGAAUUUCUCG